UGAUAAAGGAACGCGCAAGAGUGUAGCGGCGUUCGUGACGUCAGGCGCGUGCGAUUAUUUUGAACGGGGGUCAAGAUGGCGGAGGAUAGCAGCUUAAAGCACCGGAAUCACACCGGGAAGAACUGCACAAGUAACCGAUAUAACGAAGGUGUGUUCGGGGUGGAGGAUGUCUGGCGUAAGAUGAGCUCUGAUGAUCGGGACGAGGAACCGUUGCUGGACGAGGAGGAGGCGUUUGGGCCGAUCCAGAUCGUAAUCGCAGAUGAGGAUAAUCACGAGUUUUCUCUGGACGAAGACGCGCUGGAGCGAAUCCUCCUGCAGGAGCGCGUGCGAGAUCUCAAUGUGGUGGUGGUGUCGGUGGCGGGCGCGUUUCGCAAGGGCAAGUCAUUCCUGCUGGACUUCAUGCUCAGAUACAUGUACAACCAGAGCUCAGAUUUAUGGCUGGGUGGGAAUGAAGAGCCGCUGACGGGCUUCACGUGGCGAGGCGGCUGCGAGCGCGAGACCACGGGCAUCCAUGCCUGGAGUGAAGUGUUUGUGGUGGAGAAACCGGAUGGCAGCAAGGUGGCAGUGCUGCUCCUGGACACACAGGGAGCGUUUGACAGUCAGUCCACCAUCAAAGACUGCGCCACACUGUUCGCUCUCAGCACCAUGACCAGCUCCGUUCAGGUCUAUAAUUUGUCCCAAAACGUUCAGGAAGACGAUCUGCAACAUCUUCAGCUCUUCACAGAGUAUGGCCGACUGGCCAUGGAGGAGAUCUACCAGAAACCCUUCCAGUCCCUGAUGUUUCUCAUCCGAGACUGGAGUUACCCGUACGAACACGCUUAUGGUCUGGAUGGAGGAAAUGCGUUCCUGGAGAAGAGGCUGCAGGUGAAACCGAAUCAACACGAGGAGCUCCAGAACGUGAGGAAACACAUCCACUCGUGCUUCUCCAACAUCAGCUGCUUUCUUCUGCCACACCCCGGACUCAAAGUGGCCACAAACCCGCACUUCGACGGCCGGCUACGAGACAUCGAUGACGAGUUCAAGAGAGAGCUGGUGAAUCUGGUUCCGCUGCUGUUGGCUCCAGAGACCCUAAUGGAGAAGGAGAUCAGCGGCUCUAAAGUCACGUGUCGAGAUCUCCUCCAGUAUUUCAGAGCCUACAUGAAGAUCUAUCAGGGCGAGGAGCUGCCGCACCCCAAGUCCAUGUUACAGGCGACCGCUGAAGCCAAUAACCUGGCAGCCGUAGCAGGAGCGAAAGACACGUAUAACAAGAGCAUGGAGCAGGUGUGUGGCGGAGACAAACCCUACCUGGCUCCGGCUGAUCUGGAGCGACGCCACCUGGAGCUGAAGCAGACGUGUGUGUGUCAGUUCCGCGCGGUGAAGAAGAUGGGCGGCGAGGACUUCUGCCGCCGCUAUCAGGACCAGCUGGAGCAGGAGCUCGACGACGCCUACGCUAACUUUCUCAAACACAACGACGGAAAGAACAUUUUCUUCGCGGCGCGCACGCCCGCCACGCUCUUCGCCGUGAUGUUCGUGAUGUACGUGGUGUCUGUGGUGACGGGCUUUGUGGGUAUAAACUCUGUGGCGGUGGUGUGUAACGUGGCGAUGGGCGUAGCGCUGGUGUCGCUGUGCAUCUGGGCGUACGUCAAAUACUCAGGAGAGUUCAGAGAGGUGGGCAGCUUCAUCGACCGCGUGGCGGAAACCCUGUGGGAACAGAGGACGCCGAGGAAGGUCUUUUCCAAACUUUUUGAAGUUGCCAGGAGCAAAGUGACGCUGAGCGCCCUGAUGCCGACGCAGCGACAGAGACUGUCAUCCAACAACAACGUCAAGAAGAGGAACUAGCCGUUUGCUAGCGUCACGUUUCGGAGAAACCAAUGCGCCGUGAACGUACUCGACACGUUCACCCUCUUCAGUCCCACUCGGGCCGAGGAUUCUGGGGGUUUUGCGGGGUCUUUCACCAGGUUUCCUCUUUCUCAUGUCAUUCCCACGCUGUAUGUGUCAAGCGUUCGGCCUCCGGAAGAGGACCUCGUUGAGAACGCUGAAUGAUUUGUGUGUCUCUGCUGUACAGAUGAACUUUCCUCGGCUUCGAUCAUUCCAUCCAGAUGUGUUUUCCUGUACAGAUUAGGAUUUUAAGCUGGUCACGUGUAGGGCAUGUUGUGUGAGAUCCGUGUGUUUUCUACACUCUUGUGUUGAAGCAGGAAAAGCGAUGGUUUCAUGUUAAUCUGCAGGAAUGCUUCGUGAUUUCGUGUCCAUGUUGGAGAGAAACACACACACACACACACACACACACACUUAGUUUUAUACUGUCUUCAUUCAUGCCAUCUGCCUUGAGCGUCAUGAUUCUGGAAUGUUACAUUGUUUUUCACUUAUUGUUUCUUUAAUUUAUUUUUCAAUUUGAUUAAAAUGAAUCACUGUA